AUGAAGCAAUUGUUUCAGCUCAGGAAAGAGCUUAGUGUACCAGCAGCAGCACCAGAGGAUUCAGUAAUCUCUGCUGAGGAAACGACAACUGGUUCUGCUGUCACCAAUGUACAAUUUUCGAAUGAACAAGUUAUCACAGAGAAUGGGAAGUAUAAGGUAUCGAAGUUAGCGCCAAGUUUAAGUUUUUUGCCCAGUAAUGUGGAAUUAUGUUGUAGCGUUGAUGCAAAAUCUGGGUACGCCUUAUGCUGCGAUACUGAUAAUGUUUACGUUUGGCCAUUUUUAUCUUCUGAAACACACCCUAGUUUUGUAAGGAUUCCAUUACAUGACGAGGAAUAUGAAUCAUGGUCCCGUCCUCCAUUAUGUUGCUUUACGUGGCCUAGUGUGCUCGAACGUGACUUGAAAUCAAGCCCUGGCUUAUUUUUAGUGAACAGUAGAUCCGGUGACAUUCAAUUCUAUGAAGAUGUUGAUACUGUGAGUCAAGUGGCAAGUUUCUUGACGCAAACCAAACGUCAUAAAUCAGUUUUAAAACUACGUGACGGUGAAUAUGUAGAGAAUUUGAUUAAUGCAGAACCAGCUGGAAUAUUACUUUCGACAAAUUACGGGCGUGUUGAGUUUUGUACUAUAAGAGAUGCUAACGGGAAACCUUUUGUAUCGCUAAAACAAACCAUAAUAAAAUGUCAAGUCGGAAUCUUUUCAUCCAUGUCCAAAUCAAAGAGAGUGGUAUCUCUCAAAUUGGGCGAAAUCAGCGGUAAAGGAGAAAGAAUAGUUUCUAUUUUAACCCAGGGCGGGCGAUAUCAGGUGUGGAACCUUUCAUCUGUUGGGAAUUGUUACAAAAAGAUCGAUUUAAAUGUACAGUCUGAAAUUUCACAGGCAGUCUUAGAGCAUUUCCCCUUGGCAACAUCUACACUGAAACUACUCGAUUGUCAUCCUUUAUCAGGAGACUCGGAUGCAUACUUGUUCUUGAGUUUCUUAGCGGAAAGUAACGAAACGCACUAUUUACUAUCAACCAUCAUUGUGGAUGAAGAUACUAACAGUUUCGCUAUCUUCUCUACUUACAGAUUAAACACAUACACGCGACCAUUAUCAGAUGAAUUUGCCCCAAGACUUAUAGUCCCAACUGCAUACACCAAGGAACAUUUACCGAUAACGUCUGUUUACACUUUAUUCUCUGAUGCUGCUGUCCUAACUCAAACAAGUUCCAAAUUGGACUCUAAUUAUCCAUUUAAAAGGAAAUGGGAGGACAUUAUACGGUUUAACAAAGAUAUGAAAGUUCUUGGGUACGAUUGUAAUUCAAGUUCCUUAUACAUUACUGAUGGAAGAACAUGUGCGUUAAAGUUGGAGACUUUUGAAAAAUACGAAAACUCUGACUUCCAAGAAAUUAGAUUCAUAAAGUCUCAUGUGGAUCAAUACGUCUAUUUUGGAGGACAAUCAACGGAUUCAUUACUAGACUUCAACUUACCUGACAAUCUAGAUCUACAACCACAAGAAAUUGAAACAGAUAUUCAAAUGUCCAGUGAUGAGAUUAAAUAUGCAUUAUCAAACCACAUACCGCCUGUUGCUAACAACCCCAUGAAACACUUAAAAAUAAGAAGCGAACUUUUUGAAAGACUUCUCACAUUUGUUGCUCAUAAUUUUUUGGAUCAAACAUCUUCCCAAUUCAAACUGGACUUGAUUUCUGAUUUUGAAAUGAUAAAAUGUUUGGAAAGCUUGUACUCUUUACUACCGCAACAACCAACAUCUAUUUCACAAGCUUGGAAGACAGUACUAUCAGAAAGUUCCUAUCAAUCGGAUUCUGAUUUUAUCUCAGACGGCAUUGUUAAGAUUCCAGAAUUAUUGGGCGCCUUUUUGAAGCAUUUGAAAGACCUAAUGAAAUCCACAAAUGAAACUAUGUUAAAAUCUCAGAUCGCAAAGCUUAUAAAUCAACUAGUUUAUCAUUCCAUAUUAGAAGAAUGUGAAAACAGCUACAGGUAUGGACUUUUCCAGAUGAGCCCAGAUGAUGUAUCAAAAAAUAUCCCUUGGUUCACAACAAAUAGCAUAAUAGAAAAUCUUAAUGACAUCUUCUUCUUGUUAAGGCAUGCCUCUGAAGAUCUUGCCGUUGUGUCAGAAUUUGUAGAGGAAUUACUGCUAUUGGUUAAGUCUCUAUUUUAUAUGGUCAGGCAAAUAACCAUGUGGAUUGAUGCAAAUGCCAUUACUGAUUCUAGUUAUAAACAGUUUUUCGAAGAAAAUCAUUUACUUUGGAAUAGGGUCCUUAGGGAUGUUAACAGGUCUCAGGAUUCAAUUCUAAUCACAGAUUUUUACCAAGACUUUGAAGGCUUAGUUGAAACUUUGCAAUCUCUGCCAAAAAUUACCGCAUUCUCUCUAUACGAUGAAUUCUUCCAGAAAUACGGAUACGACUUUGCAAAAUCCUUAUUUUCCUACUAUAUCAAGGAAGGGCUAUGGGAUGAUCUUUACGAAUCGUUUGGUGAAACCCAUUCAGAAUAUUUGGACCAGUUCUUAGGAGAAUGUCCCGAGUAUGGCAAAGUUAAAUGGAUUGGAAACAUAUAUUGCCAUAAAUACGACGAAGCAACUACAACUUUGUUGAGUAUUUCUACUGGAACUCAAUCGCUGGGUCAAGAUUUGAAACAAAGACAGGCACAAUUGAGUAUUGCCAAAUUAACAGCUCUUGCCGCGGAAGUUCAAGAUCUUGAAAAGCUAAACGAAAUUCAAACCGAAUUAGAUCUCAUCGAUGGGCAAAUUCUUCUAUCCCAAGAACUACAAGAAUCAACUCUCAACCCACUAUUCAAAGACUUUACCACCUAUCGAACUUUGUUCAAAUAUUUGAGCGAUGCUGUGAAGAGGAGAGAAUCUCUCUCAGUGCCGCAUAUGAUAGAAUUAUUCACACUAUUAAAUCAAGAUACUUCUUAUGGAUUUGCAUUGAGUAUCCUUGCCAUUGAUCACACGUUACCCACUGAAGUAAAAAAGUACUGCGAGUACCAGAUCUGGAGAAGGUGUCUCUUAUCCGAUGAAAAUGCGGUUAGACAAACUUUAAGGGUCUUUUUCAAGCAGCAGUUCUACCAUCAAAGUAUCGAACUUCCAAUCAUCGACAACUUGGCCAAUGAGAAAUUGAUCACUGACUCAUACCUGGAUGGCAUGUACCAUGGACUAACCGAUCUUAAUAAAUUAGCUAGCGACGUCAAACGAGAGGUUGCUCUUUUCGCUAAUUCGAAUUUGGACGUUACGAUGUUACAAUCCAUCAUUGGAGAAAUCAACGAGGAAACCGGUAACCAAUGUGUCAUCAAUUACGCAACUAACACAAUCGAGACAAGUCCCACAUCUUUCUAA